AUGAGCCUAGCCCCGCGGUCAACACGUGAACUCACCCCAGACAUUAAGAUGGAAGUCGUGUUUGCCCUCCAAGAUGCCAUCUACAAUGGCAAGCUCGCAUGCGGUUCCAUUCAAGCCACAGCUAUUCGCUGUCAAGUCGGUCGCGCCACCGUCCGCAAGAUAUGGCGCGACUUCAAGAGCAGCGUGCCGGCCCGCGAUCGCAGCACCAUGCGCGACAUGGCUUCCUCGACGGGGAUUUCCUUCGAGCGGCUGGCAUUCGGUAGAGCCCACAAGGUCGUGCCGUCCAUCAAGGAGCGAUUCCCCAGCAGAAGUAAACGAGUUGUGCUGCAGCAUGACAAUGCCACUCCUCAUGGGUCCAUCGAUGAAGACGCCUUGGCUGCUGUGUCGACGGAUGGGUGGACAUUUGUGGUCCGUCGACAGCCGCCAAAUAGUCCGGACCUUAACGUCCUGGACCUCGGCUUCUUCGCAUCGAUUCAAUCACUACAAUACAAGAUGGUGAGUCGGUCGAUGGACGAUGUGAUUGAUGCUACAUUGUCCGCCUUCGAGGUUCUCAGUAGUGAUAAGUUGAGUAGCAUCUUCCUUACCCUGCAGGCGGUGAUGCGCCUUGUAAUGGAACACCACGGCGACAACAACUUUAAGUUGCCCCACCUGAAGAAGGAUACAUUGAGACGUGCUGGAACCCUCAUGGCGAACGUCACAUGUCCUGCUUCGCUUCUCUUUCACGUGAUCUCAUUCCUCCAGCAGUCCAGUCCUUGA